GGAAAGCAAAGGGCCCGGGCCCCCAAAACCCUAAUUGAGGACUCCAUCAUACAUACGCUAUCAAUCCCGGAGAGUAGAAUAAAUAAAGCCGUUCGUCCGUGUCCACCCUGCUUUUGAUUUUAGAGAGAGCGAGAGAGGGAGCCUCUGUGGCCGAGAGCGGGUGAGAAGGACAGAGGAGAGCUCGAAAUAUCCGAUGGAAGCCGAGUGCGGAGUCCCGGUGGCGCCCGGCGAGGAGGUGGCGGCGAAGAGGGUGAGGGCGAGCGAAGAGGGCGUGGAGAACAACGGGAACGGGGCCGCGGCGGCGGCGGCGGCGGCGGCAGAGGACGGGAAGCCGGUGAACGGCAUCUCCGCUGUCAUCCCCGGGUGGUUCUCCGAGAUCAGCCCCAUGUGGCCCGGAGAGGCUCACUCCUUAAAGGUAGAGAAGAUUUUGUUCCAAGGAAAAUCGGAAUACCAAAAUGUCAUGGUUUUUCAGUCAUUGACUUAUGGCAAAGUUCUUGUUUUGGAUGGAGUCAUUCAAGUGACUGAGAGGGAUGAGUGCGCUUACCAAGAGAUGAUUACUCACCUACCACUUUGCUCUAUUCCAAAUCCUAAAAAGGUGUUGGUUAUUGGUGGAGGUGAUGGUGGCGUUUUACGUGAAGUUUCACGCUAUUCUGCCGUGGAGCAAAUAGACAUAUGUGAAAUUGAUAAAAUGGUUGUGGAUAUUUCUAAGCAAUUUUUCCCCCACUUGGCUGUUGGGUUUGAUGAUCCUCGUGUGAAUCUUCACGUUGGUGAUGGAGUUGCAUUCUUAAAAAGUGUUUCAGAAGGUACUUACGAUGCAAUCAUCGUGGAUUCUUCUGACCCGAUAGGUCCCGCUCAAGAACUAUUUGAGAAGCCUUUCUUUGAAUCUGUAGCUAGAGCUCUUCGUCCGGGUGGAGUUGUAUGCACUCAGGCAGAGAGCAUAUGGCUACAUAUGCACAUCAUUGAAGAUAUUGUUAAUAUUUGCCGUCAAAUCUUUAAGGGCUCUGUGAAUUACGCUUGGACAACAGUGCCAACAUAUCCAAGUGGGGUGAUUGGUUUCAUGCUUUGUUCCACUGAGGGUCCACCAGUUGAUUUUCAGCAUCCUGUGUAUAAUAUAGACGAGGAUGAGAAAUCGAACAAAACAAAGAGGCCCUUGAAAUUUUAUAACAAAGCGAUACAUUCUGCCGCAUUUUGUUUGCCAUCCUUCGCAAAGAGGGUUAUCGACUCUACAGCCAACUAAGCUUCAUCCAGAGAGAGAAUAGGUGCGGGAUGGGGAUAUGACUGCAAAAUAUCAGAGCAGCUCAACCUGCAUAUAUGUUCUCUUCAAAUGUUAGCAAUGUAUGGCUGGAAAAUAAGUUGACUGUGAUUUGGUGGGUCAUCUUGCCCCCUUCAGAAGUCAAAUCUACAGAAGCAAUAUGUUUAGCAGCUUUUAUUAUGAUUCCUUCUAUGGAUGAUCUGAGAUAUUAUUGGAUGUCCUUGUGACAAGAUUUUUUUUUCCCCAUCCAGAACGCAUUUCGAUGUCGUCUCUCUCAUUGCGUGGCGGCAUGUGGUUAGUGCUAGUAUUGUAUCUUUGGAAAAAUUAGAUUACAUUGCUAUUUA